AAAACGUGUACCCUUUGAGUCAGCAGCAAAUUCAGCAGUUAGAAGUCGUUAAGGCUUUGUUUCCGAAUGCUACUAAAGCUUUAGGACGUACCACAUUUAUCCAACAUCAUAUUGAUGUAGGAGACGCAAAGCCUGUGAAACAGCGUUUCUACCCCGUAAGCCCGGCUGUAGAGAAAUUGCUUUAUAAAGAGAUCGAUCGUAUGCUCCAACUGGAUAUAAUUGAGCCGUCGGUCAGUGCUUGGAGUUCACCCAUGCGUCUCGUUGUGAAACCCAACAAAGUUCGACUUUGCUUGGAUGCCCGCAGACUUAACGAAGUCACAAAAAAGGACGCUUACCCUUUACCUAGUAUUGACGGAAUCUUUUCUAGACUACCUAGCGCUAAUAUAAUCACCAAACUAGACCUUAAAGAUGCAUAUUGGCAAAUUGAGCUCAGUCCUGACUCAAAGCCGUUGACCGCCUUUACGGUCCCGGGACGACCGCUUUAUCAAUUUAAGGUAAUGCCAUUUGGGCUAUGCAAUGCCCCGUCUACUAUGUGCCGCUUGAUGGAUGAAAUCAUUCCACCUGAUCUUCGACAUUGCGUUUUCGGUUAUCUCGAUGACCUUUGCAUUGUGUCGGAAGACUUUUCAUCACAUCUCGCUGUGUUAGUUCGUUUAGCGGAGAAAUUCCGCAAAGCAAAUUUGACCCUCAAUAUUGACAAAAGCCAAUUUUGUGUCACAAGCAUUAAAUACCUAGGUUAUAUCAUUGGUAGCGGAGAUGCCAGCGAUUUUGGAAUUGGUGCGGUUCUGGUUCAAUUGUCCGACGACAGCGAAGAAAAGCCGAUAGCUUUUAUGUCCAAGAAAUUGAAUCGAGCUCAGCGCAACUAUAGCGUCACCGAGCGUGAAUGCUUAGCCGUAAUACUUGCUAUUGAAAAGUUCAGAUGUUACUUGGAACUACAAGAGUUCGAGGAACAUAUUGUUCCUGAUGCCUUAUCACGGCUAUGCGAAAAUGAAAUAUCAGAGUUAGAUAUGAGGCCGAUCAUAGAUCUUGAAUCAGACGCUUUUCAAGACGAGGGCUACGCAACCCUGAAAAACAAAUUUAGUGAAAACCCUGACAAAUUUCCUGAUAUGAAAAUUGUUGAUAAACUUUUGUAUAUUAGAACCGAACACGCUAUUGGCGAUGACCCCGAGGAUAAAUUCACGUGGAAGUUAUGGGUUCCAGAGAGGCUCAAACACGAGGCCCUAAAGCAAGCUCAUGACAGCCUCACGUCUUCGCACGCAGGCAUACAAAAGACCAUCGAGAAAUUACGUCGUUAUCUUUUCUGGCCUGGCUUAGCGAAGGAUGUACGCGAGUAUAUUCGACAAUGUGAAAUCUGUAAGGAGAAUAAAGCCCCCAAUGUCACGUUACGUCCUCCAAUGGGUGCUCAUAGCCCUACUUGUCGACCUUUCCAAAAGUUCUUUGGAGUUCCUGAAACCGUUGUGAGCGAUAACGGAACCCAAUUCAAAGCUAAUGACUUCCAAGCCUUCCUAACCGAAUUAGGUAUCAAACAGGUGUUUACUGCUUUAUACUCGCCGCAGAGCAAUGCUGCCGAACGCGUAAAUCGUUCGUUAUUAGCCGCGAUUCGUUUGUAUUUGAAAAACGACCAGUCUGAAUGGGACUUACAUCUCUCAAGCAUAUCCUGUUCCUUGAGAUCUGCACUUCAUCAAUCGCUAGGAUGUUCACCGUAUCGAGCCUUAUUUGGUCUGGAUAUGAUUACUCAUGGGUCAAACUACAAACUACUGAAGGAGUUAUCAUUACUUGAAGAGCCCAUUGUACCCAUUUCCCGAUCAGACAACUUAGCGUUAUUGAGAAAAGAUAUACAAGCAAGCAUACGCAAGGCAUAUGACAAAAACGUUAAGCAAUAUAAUUUACGUUCAAAACCUGUAUCUUAUAAAGAAGGCCAAGUAGUAUACCGUCGCAACUUCGCUCUAA